AUUUUGUGCAUCAUUACUUUUGUUAGUGUCUUAUCACCUCAUCGCUUUCACUGAUCACUGAAGAAUGAUUUCUUCACCGGUUAGAAAUGCUCUCCUCUUUUUCACAGUGUCAAUUUCAUUAACUUAUGGACAUACACAUUCAUUUUAUGAUGACGACGAUGUAGAUGAAUAUGAUACACACAGUCCAUACGACGCUAAUUACCAUGACCAUUGGGAUAGUUUCAGUCACUAUGAUUAUGGAAACUAUGAUCAUGAAAAUGCUGCAUAUUACGACUCUGAAUCUUCAGAAAAUACUGACAAUCAAGGUGGGAUGAAUGACUACAUUGAUGACAACGGAGAGACUACUGGCACUGAACAUGAAAUCGACGAAGAUAUGACUAACCCUGAGGAUAACUAUGACAGCUCUAAUAUUAAUAGUUUCGCUUACGAUGAUGACUCAAUUUAGAGUGGAUUACAAGAUGAUGUUUAUUUGGGUGAUGUCUUCGUUUUAAGAAAUUAUAUCGGACAUUUUGCAUAAUUUCUGUUUUUAUAAUUAUUGAAUGAAAUAUACACUAGUUAAUGC